AUGGCUGAAGUCGCUCCCGCUCCCGCGCCGGCCAAGGCGCCCAAGAAGAAGGCAGCUUCGAGGGCCAAGAAAACAGGCCCUAGCGUCGGCGAGCUCAUCGUCAAAGCGGUUUCCUCGUCCAAGGAGAGGAGCGGCGUGUCUCUUGCCGCCCUCAAGAAAGCUUUGGCUGCCGGCGGAUACGACGUGGAGAAGAACAACUCUCGCGUCAAGCUCGCCGUCAAGAGCCUCGUUACUAAAGGCACUCUGGUGCAGACCAAAGGGACCGGCGCGUCUGGAUCUUUCAAGCUGAACAAGAAGCAGACCGAACUUAAGAAGCCCGCAAAGAAAGCCGCGCCCAAAGCGACAAAGGCGGCCGCCAAAAAGCCCGCCGCGGCUAAGAAGCCCAAGAAAGUAGCGGCCAAGAAACCCGCGGCCAAAAAGUCUCCGAAGAAGCCCGUCGCUGCCGCCAAGAAAGCCACCAAAAGCCCCAAGAAGGCCAAAAAGCCGGCGGCCCCCAAGAAGACAACCAAGAGCCCCAAGAGGGCCAAAAAGCCGGCGACCCCCAAGAAGGUAAAAGCUGUAAAGCCCAAGACCUCAAAGCCCAAAGCGGCGAAGGCCAAAAAGGCUCCCAAGAAGAAGUAAACGUGUUUCUUAGGUGUUUUA